AUGGACAUCCAGUUCGUGCUGGAGGAGGAACAAAAGGACGGUCCGUUCCGGGUCAAGGAGCUAUUCACCUGGGGCGAAGUACAGAACCUCCGACGUCUAUUUAUCACCAUCACCAUUGAAUUAGGGCAACAAUUCACGGGAUCCAACAUGAUUAAUUACUACGGUCCAGUCAUGUUUCAAGAAACGAUGAAUAUGAGUCGGAAUUUGUCGCUUAUCCUCGGCGGCGCUAUGCAAUGCACCUACCUGGUCGGCUCGGCAAUCCCGGUGUUUCUGAUGGACCGGUACGGCCGACGGACCCUGCUAAUGGUAUGCUCAGCGGGCUUGUGUCUAUGCUUCGUUAUGGUAUCGAUUCUGCUCUCAUUAGACCGCGAGGACUGUGCCUACGGAGCCACCGUCUUCAUCUUCAUCUUCCAGAUCUUCUACGGAGUCGGCUGGCUACCCGUCCCGUGGUUCUACCCGGCCGAGCUGAACACAACGCGAGUACGGACGCGAAUGCAGGCCAUCGCGUCCGGAUGGAACUGGAUGGCCGUGUUUGCCGUGGUGAAGAUCACUCCGAUUGCAUUUGACAACAUCGGCUGGCGCACCUUUGUCAUUUUUGCGGUAUUGAACGCCGUCUUCAUUCCCAUGGUGUACUUCUUCUACCCGGAGACCAAGGGUCUUGAGCUGGAGGAUAUACCCUUGCUCUUCCACAAGGGUGGAAUCACCGGAGGUGUGUUUACCUCGAAGGGUGGUCGGACUGUCACACCGGGACAGCAUGCGCUGGAAGCUCGCGUUGACCAGAAGGUCGAGGGCACGGUGCAGCAAGUAGAGCACGCAUAG